AUGGGGAAUAGCAAAAUUGGCUAUAAGGGGCAGCAACUACUCGCUGUUUUGUGGGUUGAGACCAUCGUUGCUUGUGCGAUUAUCAGCUUGCGAUGGUAUACUCGAACGUUUGUGGGAGGAAGAGUAGGACCGGAUGACUUUAUUCUGAUGGCUGCUUGGGUCCUGAUGUGUGCUUUUGCGUGUCUGAUCAGUGCCUCGGUCCAUUACGGCAUGGGCACCCACGUUGACCAGUUGGAUAUUGAACAGAUUACGCAUGGAAUUCUAAUGUUGCUCAUCGGGCAAUCCUGCAUUGCCCUGGCCAUGGGGCUUAGCAAGUGUGCAGUUGCUAUAUUCUUGAUGCGGAUAGUAAACAAGACUUGGCACAAGGCAGUCCUUUGGUUCUGGAUAGUUAGCAUCAUGUUCCUCAGUAUCUUUCUUGCUAUUGCAGUUUUUGCACAAUGCACACCCACUGAGUCUAUUUGGGACCCACGAGUCAAGGCUGCUGAGGGACAAGUCUGUCAUAUGAACUUGGCUCUUGUUGCAGAAAUCAUGUGCUCAUGGUCUGCUGCGAUGGACUUUUUCCUCGCUUUCUAUCCGUGGUACGUCUUGUGGAAGGUCAAUAUCAAGAAGAAGGAAAGAAUCACUAUUUGCGUCUCUCUAAGCCUUGGGAUCUUUGCUGGAAUCUGUGGUGUCGUUCGUACUACUGGCUUGGACGCUCUGAACAAGACUUCCGAUUAUCUUUUUGCUGUUAGCGACUCGGUGAUGUGGACCAUGUCCGAGUUGACCCUUACGAUCAUCUGCGUUUCAAUUCCCGCCCUCCGACCACUCUACAACCGCGUUACGGGAGGAAGCUCUAGCGGAGGCGGAGGGGCAGGCCCCUACUACCAACAAAGCGACGCCAAAGGCACGGGUACCGGUACCGGUACUUACAAGAUGAAUACCAUUAGGCAGGACUUACCAAAACAAUACGACAUAGAGAUUGGUACUGGCCACAACAAGAAUGUGGACAAUAAUAGCGACGACUUCAUCCUUCAUAGUUCGGACAAGGCCGAGGGUGUUAUUCAACGCCAUACUGAGAUCACAACUACCUAUGAUGAUGCGUUGAGUGCUGUAAGCACUAAGCAACAUGUUUAA